AUGGUGUCAUCCGUUGCGCCCCGCGUCGUCCUGCUCGAUCGCCCCUCCCGUCGCGCGCCCGUCGCUGCGACCGUUGCGACGGUCGCGAUGACGGACGUGGCUGUCGUGACGGCGAGCUGGUUGCCCGUCGCUCGUCCCGUUCGUCGCCCCGUCGCUCGUGACCCCGUCGCCCCGCCGUCCGUCCGUCGCCCCAUCGCCCCACCGUCUGCCCGCCCCCCUGUCCCGCUCGUCGUGACGCUCGGCGAAUCCCCCGUUCCAGCCCCUAGAGCCGCGCGCCGUGCUGCACCAGCAGCACCUGCAGCGGCCGCCGUAGCCAAUGUCACCGCCCUUCAUUGCCCCAUCCGCGGCGGACGGUCUGGGGCAUCAGUGGCUGGACUUGCGCCCGCGGCUGCGGGGGUGCUGAAGCCUCCUUGCCCCCCCCGCCCCUUCCUUUUCCUCCUCCUCAUCGCUGCAUCUGCAACUGCUGUUCGCCCCUGA